AUGUCGUUCAAAACAACAGAGUCGUCAUGGGAGAUGGGUUUUGUGAGCAUGAGAGGACGGUCCUUGGCCUCUUCCUCGUUCUCAUCGUCGUCGGCAUCGUGGGAGGUGCUGAGGUUUAUGCAGGAGCAGCGUUCCAGAGAGGUGAAGAACGCCGAGGCUACACUCGUCCCCACCCAAUUGGCCACCCGAUCCAGCUUCUCGCAUGACAUGAACCCACAAUUGUUCUCCAUCGUUCGAUUUGCUGACAUUGAAAUUGACGAAGUUCGCUGUUUUCUUGGUUGA